UGGGGCCAGGGAUCGAACCUGAAUCCUCACGGAUGCUAGUGGGAUUCGUUUCUGCUGAGCCGCCGUGGGACUCCUCCGCUCGCGUUCGGCUCUUGCGCUGUGGAGGCUGACAGAUCAGAGAGCACGUUUCCGCUUCCAGUGCUCUGAGCACGGGAGCGUCUGGCUGAGCGGAUUCAGCCUCAGCAGAGCCCCCUCUCUGGCCCGAAGGCCGUGCCGCGCGCCAGGAUGAAGCAGGCCCCGGAGAUCCUCGGCAGCCCGAACGGGAAGGCGCCAAGCUGCGACGUGAGCCGCGAGUGCUCCGUGUUCCUCAGCAAAGCUCAGCUCUCCGCCAGCCUGCAGGAGGGCGUCGUGCAGAAGUUUAACGGCCACGACGCGCUGCCCUUCAUCCCGGCCGAGAAGCUGAAGGACCUCACCUCCCGCGUCUUCAACGGAGAGCCUGGCGCUCACGACGCCCGGCUGCGCUUUGAGUCCCAGGAGGUGAAGGGGCUGGGGACCCCCCCUCACACCACCCCUGUCAAAAACGGCUCUCCGGAGAUCAAGCUGAAAAUCACCAAAACGUACAUGAAUGGAAAGCCUCUCUUCGAGUCUUCCAUAUGUGGCGAUGGCGCUGCCGCCGUGUCCCCGACGGAAGAGGGUGGACAAAAGCCAGGAAACAAGGCGAGGAGGACUAGGAAGAGAAGCGUCAAAUGUGACCCCUUCCUGGAGCAGGGCCUUGUCGAAGCAGCCCUGGCGUCCGGGAUCUCCAGCCCCUCCGACGAGAAGGUUCCAGCUGAGAAAGACCCCUGUCCAAACAGCAGCAGAGACAGAGAGCAGCUGCUGAAGUACAGUGUCGGGGAUCUGGUGUGGUCCAAGGUGUCCGGCUACCCCUGGUGGCCGUGCAUGGUCUCUGCCGACCCGCUGCUGCACAGCUACACCAAACUCAAAGGUCAGAAAAAGAGUGCCCGCCAGUAUCACGUACAGUUCUUUGGUGAUGCCCCAGAAAGAGCUUGGAUAUUUGAGAAGAGCCUUGUAGCUUUUGAAGGAGAAGGACAGUUUGAAAAAUUAUGCCAGGAAAGUGCCAAGCAGGCACCCACGAAAGCUGAGAAAAUUAAGCUGUUAAAACCUAUCUCAGGGAAGCUGAGGGCCCAGUGGGGCGUGGGCAUCCUCCAGGCGGAGGCGGCUGCGAGCAUGUCGGUGGAGGAGCGGAAGGCCAAGUUCACCUUCCUCUACGUGGGAGACCAGCUCCGCCUCAACCCCCACGUGGCCAAGGAGGCCGGCGUCGCCGUGGGCCCCCCGGGAGUCCUGGAAGCCGCUGCUGCCGAGCCCCUGUCCGCGGGGGAGGAGGGCGUGCCUGUCAAGAGGAGGCGGCGAGCCACGCUGUGCAGCGCCGCCGAGAGCCCAGACGGCGACCCCGGGACGCUGAAGGGCACCCCUCAGAAGCCGGCGGAAGCCGCGCCCCGGAGAGGAGUGGGGUCUCCUCCCGGGAGGAGAAGGGCCCUGGCCUCCGCGCCGAGAAGCCGGAAGGGGGACGCGGCCGCCCAGUUUCUGGUCUUCUGUCGGAAGCACAGGGACGAGGUUGUCGCCGAGCACCCAGACGCCUCUGCUGAGGAGAUCGAAGAGCUGCUGGGGUCGCAGUGGGACGUGCUCACGGAGAAGCAGAAAGCACGCUACAACACCAAGUUUGCCCUGGUGGCCCCCUCCCAGUCCGAGGAAGAGUCCGGUAACUUAAAUGGGAAAAAAAGGAACCACGUGAAAAGGACCCAGGACUCCACCGAAGCUGCCGACGCUGAGGGCGCGCCUGGGAAGAGACUCCGGGCGGACAGGCACAGUCUCCGGAAGAGAGAGACGGUCACCGACAAGCCGGCCCGCACAGGCGCGUGCAAGGCCGUUGAGGCAGCCUCCUCCCUGAAGAGCCAGGCAGCCACAAAACACCUGUCUGACGCGUGCAAACCCCUGAAGAAGAGGCUCCGGGCCCCCCCGGCAGCGGCUGCGUCGCUGGCAUUUAGCAAAAGCUCGUCUCCUUCUGCAUCCCUCACUGAGAAUGAGGUCUCGGACAGCCCGGGAGACGAGCCCCUCGAGUCCCCGGACGAGAGCGCGGACGAAACGCAGACCGAGGCGUCCGUCUCGUCUAAACGGUCGGAGCGAGGAGCGGCCGCCAAGAAGGAGCACGUGUGUCAGCUGUGCGAGAAGCCGGGCAGCCUCGUGCUGUGCGAGGGUCCCUGCUGUGGCGCCUUCCACCUGGCCUGCCUGGGCCUGGCCCGCCGGCCCGAGGGAAGGCUCACCUGCCUCGAGUGCACUUCAGGGGUGCACUCGUGCUUCGUGUGCAAGGAGAGCAAGGCGGACGUCCGGCGCUGCGUCGUGUCGCAGUGCGGCAAGUUCUACCACGAGGCCUGCGUGCGCAGGUUCCCACUGACGGUGUUUGAGAGCCGGGGCUUCCGCUGCCCCCUGCACAGCUGCGUGAGCUGCCACGCUUCCAACCCCUCGAACCCGAGGCCGUCGAAAGGUAAAAUGAUGCGUUGCGUCCGCUGCCCGGUCGCCUACCACAGCGGGGACGCGUGUCUGGCAGCGGGCUGCUCCGUGAUCGCCUCCCACAGCAUCAUCUGCACGGCCCACUUCACCGCCCGCAAGGGCAAGCGGCACCACGCCCACGUCAACGUGAGCUGGUGCUUCGUGUGCUCCAAAGGUGAGGGGCGGCGCGGGCGGGCCUUCCGGGGCGUGGGCGGGUCCCCGCGUUUGCGCGCGCCGCGCCCUCUGGGGCUUCUGCGCCACCCACAGCCGUGUCGCAGACAGACGGGGCCUGAGGCGUCUGGCGUCCCAGGGUCCGGCGGGCCCGGGCCGCAGGGCCGGGCUAAGUGGCCGCCGCCGCCCUCCGCAGGGGGAAGCCUGCUGUGCUGCGAGUCCUGCCCCGCCGCCUUCCACCCCGACUGCCUCAACAUCGAGAUGCCGGACGGCAGCUGGUUCUGCAACGACUGCAGGGCCGGGAAGAAGCUGCACUUCCAGGACGUCGUCUGGGUGAAGCUGGGCAACUACAGAUGGUGGCCGGCAGAAGUUUGCCAUCCCAAAAAUGUUCCCCCAAAUAUUCAGAAAAUGAAGCACGAGAUUGGAGAAUUCCCUGUGUUUUUCUUUGGGUCUAAAGAUUAUUACUGGACGCAUCAGGCGCGAGCGUUCCCGUACAUGGAGGGGGACCGGGGCAGCCGCUACCAGGGGGUCAGAGGGAUCGGAAGAGUCUUCAAAAACGCGUUGCAAGAGGCUGAAGCUCGCUUCCGUGAGAUCAAACUGCAGAGGGAGGCCCGAGAAACGCAGGAGAGCGAGCGCAGGCCCCCGCCCUACAAGCACAUCAAGGUGAACAAGCCGUACGGCAAAGCCCAGAUCCACACGGCGGACAUCUCCGAGAUCCCCAAGUGCAACUGCAAGCCCACCGACGAGAACCCCUGCGGCCUCGACUCGGAGUGUCUGAACCGGAUGCUGAUGUUCGAGUGCCACCCCCAGGUGUGCCCGGCCGGCGAGUUCUGCCAGAACCAGUGCUUCACCAAGCGCCAGUACCCUGAGACCAAGAUCAUCAAGACGGACGGCAAAGGCUGGGGCCUGGUGGCCAAGAGGGACAUCAGAAAGGGCGAGUUCGUGAACGAGUAUGUGGGGGAGCUGAUCGACGAGGAAGAGUGUAUGGCCCGCAUCAGGCGCGCGCAGGAGCACGACAUCACCCGCUUCUACAUGCUCACCAUCGACAAGGACCGUAUAAUUGACGCCGGCCCCAAAGGAAACUAUUCCCGAUUUAUGAACCACAGCUGCCAGCCCAACUGCGAGACCCUCAAGUGGACAGUGAACGGUGACACCCGCGUGGGCCUCUUCGCUGUGUGCGACAUUCCCGCAGGGACAGAGCUGACCUUUAACUACAACCUUGACUGUCUGGGCAACGAGAAGACGGUCUGUCGGUGCGGGGCCUCCAACUGCAGCGGCUUCCUCGGGGACAGGCCCAAGACCUCGGCAGCCCUGUCCUCGGAGGACAAGGGUAAAAGGGCCAAGAAGAGGACAAGGAGGCGCCGCUCGAAGGGCGAGGGCAAGAAGCGGUCCGAGGACGAGUGCUUCCGCUGCGGCGACGGCGGCCAGCUGGUGCUGUGCGACCGCAAGUCCUGCACCAAGGCCUACCACCUGCCCUGCCUGGGCCUCGGCAAGCGGCCCUUCGGGAAGUGGGAGUGUCCCUGGCAUCACUGUGACGUGUGUGGCAAACCCUCCACUUCAUUUUGCCACUUCUGCCCCAAUUCCUUCUGCAAGGACCACCAGGACGGGACGGCCUUCGGCUCCACCCAGGACGGGCGGUCGUUCUGCGCGGAGCACGACCUGAGGGCAGAGCCGGCCAGAAGUGCCCAGACUGAGCAGCCCUGCCCGGAGCCCGCCAAGCCCAAGGGCAGGAGGCGGCGGCGACGGUGCUGGCGCAGGGUCACAGAAGGCAAAUAGCGCCAGGCCGCGGCUCCGUCGGAUCAGGGGCAGCCCUGUGGGUAGAGGGCCAGACGUGGGACCGGCCCGCAGGACGCGGCCUGCAGCCACCAGGACGGACGCACAGGCCUCCUGGGGAGGGAGCGCCUCCCCCACUGAGCCGUCUCCGCAGCGUCCGCUGCGCCCGCACUGACGACCGUCCGGCCGCGUGGCUCCCGCCGCGCUGCGGGCGGUCCAGGACAGACGCCUCACUACACAGCCUUACGGCCACGGCCAACUUGAAUCUCCGGGUGUCGGCGUCCCUCCCGCCUGUGUCUUUAGGGUCAAGUGAUGAUUGAACAGUCGCUGGCGUGUGAAAUGUUUUUACUUCACCCGAACCGGCCAGAGGAAGUAGUUUCUUUCCCAAGAACCCUUGAAUCUCCACGCUGUCACCUGGCCUGCUCACCUCCCGCCGUCACUCGGGAGAGACCGGGGGCCCUGGCGGAGACUCAGACCCCAAACUCCUCGGAAACCACGGUUCUGAUGAUUUUGCUUUUAUGGAACAGACGUAUGAUUUUUUUGUACUAAUGCAAAGUUUUCCUCCAGAUGCUUCUUUUCCCUCCUUGUGAGCAGCAGCCCAGGACGGGGGGGAGGGGGCAGCGUCGUGUCGUGAGGCCCCGCAGGUGCCCCCCCCGCCCCGGCUCGGCCCUCACGGCGCAGGCUGGCGGGGCUGCCUCCCUGAGGUUCCUCCUAAAGUUUGUGUACUUUUGCAGUUGGCUUUUCUUGACCAGUUUCUGGCUUUUAUUUUCAAUAUAUUUUUGCUAAACUGUUUCACAAAUCACCACCGACUGAGAUGCGUAUUUACUGAUGCGUCCUGAGUUCUCGCAGCAGCAGGGACGAGCGCCGUGGGUGUGGCCCCCGCUCAGCUGUGUCAAGUGACGACUUAAGGAACCAGUCUGCCUGGGCCCUGCCCGGCGGUCCCUGGGGCUCGUCACACAGCAGGGCUGCGGGGUGCUCAGGACCCGAGCUCGCGGGCAACGUGCAAGUCCAGGACUCGCUUUCGGGCUGAGGAGAGACCCAGAGCUCAGGACCGCGGCCAUCGGACGGGACCCCUUCGCCUGCGGGUCUGUUCCUGGGAAACGCGAGCUGCACGGGGCCGACGUCCAGGGCUCGGGGCCUGACCCCGCAAUUCCCACUAACUCUGAGCUGUUCACCGGCCCGGCCCCAGGGUGAGGCGCUUCCGGGAAGGGCUGGGUUCUCCAUGGACGCCGGACUCCCGCUUUCCGGGCCCUGGACGCUGGAAGCGUCUCGCCAGGUGCCCGCGAGCCUGCCGGCCUCCACCCGCAGUGCGAGGGAAGGGGCCACUCGGCAGCAGGUGCUUUUUUCUGGCCCUUUCUUCCUUUCUUGACCGCGCCCGUGGCACGCGGAUGUUCUCACACCAGGGAUGGAACCUGAGCCACAGCAGUGAUGGUGCUGGAUCCUUCACCCCUCGGCCUUUUCUCAAGGUAACUAAAGACAUCGCUUCUGCAGACAAGUUGACACGCGGGUCCUUGGAAACUGCUGCUGAGGCCUCCUGCUUGGACUGCAGGGGGUGCCUGGACCCCAGCUCCCUGCUUCCGUGGGGCUCUGCCAGGCCGUGACCCCGGGGAACGGCGUGCCUCGGGUGAGGUGCCCGGGCCUUGCGGGCACGACUGGGAGAGCCUGUGACGGCGACCGGCCCGUGGCCCAUCAGUGGUGACCCUGGGAAAGUGACUGUACGUGGGACUGGGGGUACAAGUUUGUCCUCGUGAAGAUGCUCCUGCACGUGGCUCAGUCAUCCCGGAAGCCGCCUGCCUGGCGCGAUGUGGGGACUGGGGAUGUUUUGGUUCAGACUCUGGUCUCCCUCGAGUGGUCGUAGGAAAAUACUGGAUUGACAGAGACUCCUGCUCCUCGUGCCCUGGACCUGGCCCGGCAGCAUCCCUGUCCUGCACCCCGGGUGCCUGGCGCGGGCACGGCGGCCGUGGGAGCCCCUGGCCUUUGGAGCCCGGGGCUCGUGUCCUCUCCCGUCCUUCCCCAGCGAGGGGCUCGUGCGCAGCCGGGACCUCAGAGCUGGCUCUGCCGUGCGCUGUGGGGAACAGAUUAACUUAUUUUUGUAUUUCCCAGGAGAACUUUGUGAUUAUUUCCAAAUCCCUCUUUCUGGAGGAAGUGCUGGGACAGUUCAGACGUGGUCGCCCUCUUUCCAAACUCUGAGACUCACAAGCAGAUAACACUAACUUGAGCACGUGUAGAAAACCAGCGCAGGGAUCGGAGUCCGACAGGCUGCGGAGCGGGAAGAGCCGAGCGGAGCUGGAAGGGCCCUCCCGCCGGGCCGGGGCCUCUGUGCCUGAGGGGAGCGUCCUUGCCGGACGGAUGUGGUCUUUUCUGAAGGUCGGUUUCAGGUCUCGGUCAGUUAUGCGAAGCGGAAACAAAACGAGAACUGCCCGAGAGCCUAGGGACGCCUUGCGUGCGGGCCGCAGGCUCGUGUCCGAUGCAGCGAGGACUCCGGACACCGCCUCCCACUCAGGUCUGUGCUCCCAGCGCCUCCCCAGGCCUCGCCUUGGCGCAAACCGGCGUGCGGCGCCCGCCUUCGAGGACUAGCUUGUUUUCGGGAACGAGAAGAGCCCGUUUUCGUGAAAGGUGAUGCAGACAUCUCGUCAGCUGCCAGAUUCUUGAUCCUGUGAGACACGCAGUGUCCCUGCGCCUCGCGGGGCCCUGCUGAGAUGUGACGCGCCAGUGGGAAGCUAGAUGCGAGCGCUGGCGCGCCUGCUGCCGUCUGGGCGCCACGGAGCCAGGCCAGGGCCCGCCUCGUGGGACUGCCCAGGUGCUACCGCCAGUUCAGAGACUUAAAAACUUGAAGUUCACUUCCGGGGGAAACAUGCUGAAAUGUAGAUUUGAGAAUUGCCCGUUGGGGGGGGGGAAAUAAUAAUAGCAUUUAAGGAGAAAUUCUGUUUGGAAAAUUGUGUAUGAGUAUUUUUGUAUUAAAAAUGUCUAAAGGCUUC